CGGCAACCAUGAUAGUUUACAACAUGUCCGAUCCAGAUUUUAGAUUCUUGACUGAUGCAUUGUUUGGAUAUGAAAAGAUCAGAAAUCAUCCUUGUUUCUAAGUUUCAAGAAUCUUUGGAGGAUAACAAAUGGAAUUGGGUUCAUUCAGUUAAGGAUGGAUUUUCGGUUUGGCAAUCUGGUCUUCACGUCUAAAAUCGACUCCGGCAACUUGGCUCGGGUAGAGAAAGUGCUCAGGGAUGAAGACGAUAAUGCAGGUGAACCCAGUUUUCCGAGCGCUUUGGAAAUCAAACCAGAUUAUGAGUUUAAUGUGUGGACCAAACCAGAUGCUUCUGGAACUGAGUUUGAGAAUGCAAAUAGGUCGUGGUUUUACUUUGGAGUGCGAGGCUGGAGUCCAGGCCGUCUGAUCAAGAUAAACAUUCUCAACAUGAACCGGCAGGGCAAGCUAUACAGCCAGGGGUACGCCCCCCUCACCCGGACAGUGCCAGGCAAACACAAGUGGGAACGCAUCCGAGACAGACCAGUUUAUGAGACAGUUGACGGUCAGUUUAAUCUGACAUUUACAUAUCGGUUUCCUGACUUUAGAGGAUCUACAACUUACUUCGCGUUCUGUUUUCCCUGGUCACAAACAGAAUGUCAAGAGAAACUACAGGAACUUGACAAGAGAUACGAACACUGUAAAAAUCUCUCACCAGAUAGCCCACCUAAGUCAAUCUACUACCACAGAGAACUGCUGUGCUACACACUGGACAAGCGGCGGGUUGACCUGGUCACUGUGAGUUCGUGUCACGGCAUUACUUCCGAGAGAGAGCCGAGGUUUGACAGCAGACUCUUCCCAGACAAGGAAUAUCCCAGGUGUAGACAGUUCAAAGGAAAACGGGUGUUUAUGCUGACCAGUCGAGUGCACCCUGGCGAAACUCCAGCCAGCUUUGUAUUCAACGGAUUUCUCGACUUCAUUCUUAAGGAAAACGAUCCGCGGGCACAAGAACUCCGCAAGAAUUUUGUGUUUAAAAUGAUCCCCAUUCUCAAUCCGGACGGUGUGGUUCGCGGUCACUACCGGACAGACCAAAGAGGAGUGAAUCUCAACCGAAUGUACCUCGACCCGAGCUUUAAACUACACCCAUCGAUAUACGCCUCCAAGAGUUUACUCAUUUACCACCACGUGCAUAACAGAGUUAAAAAGGACGGUUCGGCAUCGGAAGACAUCAAAAUAGACUUCCCUCAAGGAUCGCGUGUUUCUAGUCCCGAAGCUACAAAAACUGCCAUAGAAACGAAGCGAUCGUCAAGUUCUCGGAGCAGUGACGGAUUGAACAGUACGCUCACUGGUAACUGUGGCCUUUCCAGCUGUGUGAACGAUCCCACGUCCCCUCCCAUCUCUCACAGACUCAGUUCGGAACCCAUCCAGGGGGAAGAUGUCAGAUGGGUGGGGGACGCCGAAUCCGCGCGGUCGAUGAAAUCGGACAUCACUCCUGUGACAUUUAAACCCUUUAAAAUAGAGCCCUUGGACUUAGCCGACCUUAACGAUGACAAUACGUCGCAAAGCGAGAGUGAACUCAACAUGAACGAUGACGCAAAGCCAGGUCAUGUGCAUGUGCCGUCUUCGUGCAGCAGCGUGCUGAGCUACGUGCAGAAUGACCCACGCAAAGUCGACAGCGAGCUGAGGUUGAAGCUUUCCGAGCUGAACAUGUCGGAUGAUUUCCGGUGUAACGGUGACAAGUACGAGCCGUUUGACUCGGACACCGAUCAGGACACGCUGGGUAACGAGGGGUCGGAGGAUGAAGGCAAGUUUAACGCCAGUGACCUCGGUUCGGGCAGCCCAAUCAACUCCCCACACCUGGUCAAUCCCAAGCUGCGUGAGAUUCCGGCCACUGAAAGUGGGAUUGCCUUUUACGUCGACUUACACGGACAUGCGUCAAAACGAGGGUGCUUUAUUUAUGGAAAUUACUUUGAAGAUGAAGAUACUCAGGUUAAAAACAUGGCCUUUCCCAAGCUGAUCUCACUGAACUCUGCUCACUUUGACUUCACUGGUUGUAACUUCUCUGAACGCAACAUGUACACCAAGGACAAGCGCGAUGGAAUGUCCAAAGAGGGCAGUGGUCGAGUGGCCAUCUAUAAGGCCAUCGGAAUUAUUCACAGCUACACCCUGGAGUGUAAUUAUAACACUGGCCGCCUCGUGAACCCCGUACCCCCGGCGUACGGCGACGAUGGGCGCGCGACUCCACCUCCUCUGGCUGGAUUUCCUCCCAAGUACACACAGGCUCACUUCGAAGAUGUUGGUAAAGGUUUGGCGAUAGCGGCCCUUGACAUGUUUGACAUGAACCCGUGGACUCGGAUAACCCUGUCAGAACACAACAGUCUUGGCGGAGUGUUAGACUCGGUGCGUAGAUAUCUGCGGAGUAUCAGAGGUGGGCCGAGAAUUCCGCGCAACUCCAUCAGCAAACCGAACGUCAGGAAUGGCAAUAGCACAACCAACGUACGUCAGACUCGGAUGACCGUGGGGGAUUCGUCGAUGUACCAGAGCACCCGCUCCAUGCCGCACCUGGGAUCGAGCGACACCAACGUGCGGUCGGGCAGCACCUCCAAUAUGAGGGCAGGCUUCUCUCGACCAGGGACGCGCUCCGUAGGCAAGAAAGAACUCGCUCCGGUCAGAGAAGGAAAUGUUUCAGCUUCGCGAGGCAUGAGUGGCAGCACCACAGGUAGUCAGACCCGUCGUCGAGGCAGCAGUCUGGUUAGCAACCCGACCACAAAACCUACAUCAGCAUCGUCACUCCCUGCAACGUCAGCAGCCAUCGUGUUGUCCAUGUCAACAUUAGACGAGCGGCGCCAGCUGUCAGCUGAUAGUACACUGAGAUCUCGGGAGGAGGAGAAGGUUCAACAGUUGAAGAAUUCCGGACUGAUGGCCAUAUUUAAGAAGCCUGGCCCACCCUGCAGAAUACCGCUAGCCACCGGUCGCUCUCAGCUGCAGCUUCAGAACUCCACACCAAGCAUGGAGUCCACCACAUCUCAGUCGAGACUGAUAUCAAGGGGCAACAUGCGCAGUCAGAGGAUCAUGUCUCAGCUGACGAGUUCGAGAAGGUUGCUCAGCGACUCGGCAGUUGUAGCCGACAUUUCGAAGCUGCCUGCAGUCGAGGCUGUAGCCGCUCCCUGCAAUCAUCCGUCAUUAGGCUUGUCUGGAAACACAGCGGAACCUGUUGAAGCUCCUAAACGACGGCGUAGACAAAACUUUGUGAAACGUCGAAGUGUGACGAUAAGUCCUAAGCAAGGAAGCUUCAAAGGUGGAAAACAGACUAGCGACUAUGACACUGAGCAGCGUAAACCGCGACGGAAGCGCCAUAGAAAGAGUACUGUCACGCCACCAACCGAAGACGAGAUAGGGCUAGAGUCAGGAGCACUCCAAGCUGUACGCACCAGCUCCAGUACGCUAGAGGGCGCUGCCAUCAAGUUCUCACCCAGACUCGGCAUCAAUACUGUCAGCCAAUCCAACUUACACCAGUUGUCCUUCAAACUUCAGCCAACCUAUUUGAAAAAAUACUGGGACCCUACGUCCCUCAUCCCCCAUGACACCAUGGAGAGAAUGGUCGAGGAAAAUCAGAGCCAAAGAAAGGUCGCUGCCUUCUGGGUGCAUUUUUGAGAUGACUGCAUCGUUAACCAUUACUGUGAUAGGACCUUAUAUUUACAUGUAUAUACUCAUUAUGUACAGCAGACAACAUAUUGCUAGAGCCUCUAGCCAGCGUGGAACAUAUCAGUAUUUUUCUUGUGGUGUGUUGAGUUCAUAUCAUGGAUAGGUUAGUGAAUAUGUCUGUGUUUAGGUCGGGUUUGAAAGCAUGAAAGGGGAAUGUGUGUGUUGAAGCACAAAUAACCAUGAGAGUCACAAAUACACUCAAUGCAAUAGAUGACGAAGUGGAUAUCAGAGAUGAAGAGCUUGUAGAUGUCCCCUAAUUUUAGCAUUACUCCAAACCUGUUUCUAGCAUUACCCGAAACCUGAUCCAUCUUCCUUGUUUGAUGAAAUGCUCAUAAUAGGAAUCUAGGUUUUUUUUAAACUAAAUUUUCAGGAUUUUUUUUUCAAAUAUCAUAAUUGUCAUCCAUUUUGCGAUAGAUGUUAAGACUUGGGUUUUUUUCUUUUGCAAGAAAGUGAGAUACAUAAUCCAGUGAUUGGCAGUGUUAUGUCUUUUUGACUAUUCAAGCAGAUACACUGGAAUCUCUUACCAGGUUGUCAUUACAUUUUUCCACUGGUACGACAUUUGCACAAGCUGUUGCUAAAAAUAAAACAAACGGCAGCAAUCAAUCUUGGGACAGUAUUCAUCAACUUGACAUUUGACAUAGGUUUAACCAGUACAGACAUCUGAAAGGAAUUGUGUGAGAAGGAUUGACAUCUGGGGAGUAAUGCCCUCAACCCCAACCCCACCCCCACCCCCACCCCCAACUGAAGAUUAUACAUUGCCCCCAGUUUAAAGGUGCAUUAAUAUAUAGGUGCCCCCUAUAGCUGAUAUUUUCUGAUGACAUGUAUAAAUUGUAAUCAUCUAAAAUAGUUGGAUCCAAACUGUAGACCUGUAACUAAUAAUUACCUUGACGUUAUACCUAAAUAGUGGACCCUUGAAAGAAAAUCUUUACAACAGUUGAUUCAAAUUUAGUCGAAAGAAUCCCAUCAAAAAUCUUUCAAAAAUUAUUCCAUAUCAAAAGUGUGAAAUAUGUUGUAACUUUGUUUACUCAUCUUAUCAAAAUGUUCUACCUUUGAAACAUAACAUCAUAUGUCAUACAUCAUACAUCCUAAAACACUUGGUUACUACUGUACAUAGAAUAGAGUUCUUGUUGAAGAAUAGCCUGAAAAUAAAAUGAUAAAUUUGUUUAAGGGUGUAUACUACCAAAUCAAAUCCCAUUGACAACAAUAGUAACAUGUGUGGCUAAAACUCCUACUUGUAGCAUAUCAGUUGACAUAAACACAAUGGAUAUACUACCACCCCUCACUCUUAAAGGGAAUCGGGGAAAAAAUUGGAGGUGAAGCUGCUCAUUUCAGAGAUAUAAAGUUUGAGUAAUUUUUUUUUACAGGUACCCCAUACAUGUUUCAAGCACAAGGCUACUUGACACAGUGGUGCUAGAUGGAAUAUAAUUGCAUAAAUGUUUUGCCGCGAUGAAACUCACAUCACAGAACUUGUGGUGUUCACUUCUCUAUCAAAAGUUUGGUUCACCUCCUAACUUUGACCCAGCCGGAGGUUAUUUGGUUGACCUUAAACAUACAAUUAAAAAAUAAUAAUUAAAGGUUAAUACAUGUACAUAUAUUUAUAAUCUGUAAAAUGUUAUUGGUGAACUGACAGAUGAAUGAAAACACAAGUUCUGUCGUAGCAGUAAGCUAACAGAAUGCUGUCUGUUUUAAGUCGGCAAAUGAAUGACUAUUGAAGCAACGUACACACUAGAACAGAAUUAAUUUAGUAUUGUUGCCCCAUAUGAAUAAUAAAGUACUUGUGUUAUUACUAUAUAUUAGACUAACAUUGUUAAUGUGUGUUUAAGCGCACAUGCAGCAAUUUUUCCCAGAACAUAAAAUCUGUUUAGCAUAUUUAACUAUUUUUAUAUAUAUUCUGUUGGACAUAUAAACUGUUCAUGUACUGUAUAUUUUUAUUUGAAGGCAUUUUUAAAGACAAAAAAACCCACCCCCAAAAAAAAAAAAUUCUCUUAUCCAAUGUUGAAUAAAUAUGUUAGAAACUUCUGCCUUUAAUAAUGUCAUCUUUGCAACAGUUUUGAUUUGAAUUGUGGUUGGAAUUAAUGUUUGAGAAAUACGUGUAUAAUAUGUUGAAAGAAAUGAAUUAACAAAUUAAUGCUAUGUUGCACAAAACUUACAGGUGAAGGGGUGGAUGAACUUGUGGUUUUUUAGGGUGUUGGAUUUGUAUUGAGUUAUUACACUUAAUGUUCUGUUGUUAGAAUACAAAAAUGCAUUCAUAACACUACCACCCUAUCUCCCCAUAUGUGAAAUGUCUUAGUGCUUUUGUUAGUUGCAUAAAAACAUUUUUAAAAUUUCAUAUUGUACGAAGUGUGUAUCAUGUGAAUUUGCCUACAGUAUUACAACCAGUGACGUGUUCAGGAGGCAGAGUGCUUGCAAACCAUUUGGUUUCCAACAUAUCCUGUUCUAUCACAUUCAUUUAAUAUUAAACAUAAAAAAUGAUCUAGUGAUUAACCGUAAGCACUCUGUAUCAUGAAAACGCUUCAGGUUUCUGUAAAUACAUUACUUUUUUAAAACAUUUUAUCUACAUAUCAUUUGAUGGAGUGCUCUCCACAUUUUAUCUACAUAUCAUUUGAUGGAGUGCUCUCCACAUUUUAUCUACAUAUCAUUUGAUGGAGUGCUCUCCACAUUUUAUCUACAUAUCAUUUGAUGGAGUGCUCUCCACAUUUUAUCUACAUAUCAUUUGAUGGAGUGCUCUCCACAUUUUAUCUACAUAUCAUUUGAUGGAGUGCUCUCCACAUUUUAUCUACAUAUCAUUUGAUGGAGUGCUCUCCACAUUUUAUCUACAUAUCAUUUGAUGGAGUGCUCUCCACAUUUUAUCUACAUAUCAUUUGAUGGAGUGCUCUCCACAUUUUAUCUACAUAUCAUUUGAUGCUCUCCACAUUUUAUCUCCUCAAAUUAUUUUAUUUGUACAGUUCUUCCUUUUAUUUAUGUCAUACAAAAAUGCCUGUUGCAGAAAGUGCUAUUUUUAUUUCUCAACAAACAACUUGAAAGUAAAAAAAGUGAAAAAUGCUUCGGACCAUCGUUUUAAAAACAGUAGUUUGCUGGAACUCAACUGAUCAUUUCAUUUGUAUUAUCUUGGUUGGCAAUUUAUUAUUUAUAUAUUUUUAUUUAUUUGUUAGGGUUGAUCAUUACAAGGAGAGUGGCACUGAAAUAUAUACAUUUAAUGUAUAACAUACCAAACAUUAUUACCCAUAUGGUUAAAAAUAUAUUUGUACAUAUCAAAGUAAUACGUCCCAGUAGAGCGCCAAGUGGGACAUAACACUUCGACAUCACACGAUGAUGUCACUGAUUGGUGCACUACCACCUUACAGGAACGUCAUCUAAGCGAGUUGAGUGAUGUAUAUUAAGAUUGAUCGAUUAUGGGUAAUAAAUAGGAUAUUAAACUCGCUACCAUUUCGUCUCAUGUUUAUGUCCUUCAUGAAAUCAUUUUCAUCGUCACUCGCUAAAUUAUUUCACUCGAGACAUAAACAUGAUACGAAAUGGAAGCUUGUUUAAUAUCCUAUAAUUGUACAUAUAAAAACAAUCACUUCUAUAUCAUGCAUCAGGCAUUAUUAAAUACCUCUUGAGUACCUCAGUUAUACAUUUACAUAUAUUAUUUAUCUAUAAGUACUAGUAUUGUAUCUGGAGGUAUGGCAAGAGAGUGAGAAAAACACAAAUCAGUUUUGUAUGAAUCUAAUGACGUUUCAGCAAAUACAGGUUUUAAAGGUUGGUCCAACUGUGAAUUUUAUUUAAAUCUUUGUUGCAUUUUGUUGUGUUACCAAAAAUGUCAUAUUUAUUUGCUCAGCUGGAUUUGCUGAACCUAGUGAGCUUAAAGCUUUAAUGUGAAGUCCGUCCUAAUAGCUUUAAAACUCUUGCCUGUUCAAAAUGGAAAUGUUAUUUAACGUUCAGACAUUUGUUUUUGAUGAUGGUGACAGUACAGAUUUUGAAUGAAUCGAGUUAAAAGUAUUUGGUCCUUUUAACACUGUAUGGUAUUCCUGCAUAAAACAAUAAUUGUUAUGUGAAAAAUUAUUUGAAUUUAUAUAAUCAUCUGCAAAUUCAGUGUACUCAAUAUUGACAUUUCGUGAUGAUUUAGUAGGAUGGAUUUCUAAAAUGUGCUGAUUAAGAACCCAGUACAUGGUCAGAAUUCUUUUAUACCAAAUGAUUACACCAAAGCAUCAUUCUGAGUUUUGUCGACCUCAAGACAACCAAGAAAACACCAGAUGUACAAAACUGAAUCGUCUAAGCCCGAAACUGAAAAUUUCAACUUGGAAUACUGUACAAUGUUUGUAAGGGACAACAUAUCUUUAAGUUGUGUGUUUUCAUUGAAUCUACACAUUUAGUAGAAUCCAGUAUUACUCGUUACAGAGAAUCAUCCUAUUAUUGGCUUCAGACAAGCCUUUUAUUGGGCAUAAAGGCUAUUAUAUAGCUAUAAAUAUUGAUUAUUUAUGAAAUGACAAUAUCCGAGGUUUUAAGAUACACAUUUUUUGUUACUCAAAUUCUGAACUAUUCCAAAAGUAGGGAUUUUUUUUUUAACUUGAAAAAAAGUUAAAUGUACUGAUAGAAAUAAGGGAACCAUUGGUAUUGGAGAUCAAAUUUAAUUCACUGCUUGCAUCGUACUGUCUGUAUACUGUCAGUACAGUGGUUAACUUUGACACUAUAAUUUACUCAACAAAAGUAAGGGCCAGUAGUGUUUUGGGUAAUUCUUAGCUAGUGUCAUAUUAUUUACAAAGUUUUAUUUCAGUUAAAUAUGAUCUGAGAUACAAGGCAGAUAUUUCGUGCAUUUAUUAAAACUACCCAAAUUUACAUUCAGCUAAGAAUCAUUACAUGUUCACUGUCAUUUUGUUCGCCGAAAAUCAACACCGUACAAAUGUUUUAUUUAUUUUUUACAAUUAUGUAACAAAAUUUAAUUUUGACGAGUAUAUUAUGAUGGUUCUUGUGGCAUUCUCUUUUAUUUGCAGUGUUAUUAUUAGACGUGUGUGCAGGGGUUGGGUUUUGGUGGUCAAAACACCAUAUUCCAUAUAUAUAUAUAUAUAUAUAUAUGUCUUUUAGAGCAAAUAUAUUUUCAGAGGGAGCUCGAUUCAACUCCACCCAUAAACUUCUCACCAAUUGGCCCUGCUAAAAUUACUGCACACGCACCCAAUUAUUUAUGUGAUCCCUUAUUUCUUUCAGUACCGUAUGUGUAGUUAUUCUUGUGCCAUAAUAGGACAAUUAGCCGACAUACCUGUAAUUCUAAUUUUGGGAUAGUUCCAAGUUGCUGUGAUAUAGGUACUUUUGUUUUCUCCACCUAUUGUGCUGGAUACAAUACUAGUAAUGACCUGUGAUAGUUAUAAUUUACUGUGUUGCAGAAAAUAAAUAUUUAAACAUUC